GUUUGCAUUGCAAACGGUGGCUUCUCCGUCCGAUGUCGAUGAUCGUCGUUUUUGUUUUCUCUGAAUCAGAGAGGCAGUUCUCUGUUUAAUUUGCUAUUAUAUGAGAUCCAAAACGUCAAAUAUAUAGUGAAGAGCGUAUUUCAGUAUACAUUUGCCACUAUGGCAUCCCAAUGCCCAGAAAUCAUGGUUUUUCAUCCGACUUUGGAGGAGAUGGAAGAUUUUUCUAAAUAUGUCAAGUACAUGGAAUCCCAGGGAGCCCACAAAGCUGGAAUAGCAAAAAUCAUUCCACCUCCAGAGUUUGUUGCCAGGAGUAACUAUGAUGACCUAGAUUUGACAAUACCAGCUCCAAUUCAGCAAGAGGUUACAGGUCAACAAGGGCUGUAUACACAGUACAAUAUUCAGAAGAAGCCAAUUCAUCUCCGUGACUACAAGAGAAUGGCAGAAAGUAGCAAGUAUACCACACCAAUUCACGAGGAUUAUGAGGAUCUAGAACGCAAGUACUGGAAGAACGUAAGCUUCAAUCCGCCCAUAUAUGGCGCUGACAUCUCAGGAAGUAUUUACGACAAAGACAGAGGUAUCUGGAAUAUUAACAACCUCAAUACUGUGCUGGAUAUCAUCGAAGAUGCUCAAGGUGUGAAAAUUGAAGGGGUGAAUACCGCUUACCUGUACUUUGGUAUGUGGAAGACGACAUUUGCCUGGCACACGGAAGACAUGGACCUCUACAGUAUUAACUACCUUCACUUUGGAGCGCCUAAAUCAUGGUAUGCCAUACCUCCUCAACAUGGCAAACGUCUAGAGCGGUUAGCUGCAGGUUUUUAUCCAAGCAGUUUUAAGAUAUGUCCAAACUUCUUGAGGCAUAAGAUGACGUUGAUAUCUCCCAGCCUUCUUAGACAGUACUCAAUACCAGUUAAUAAGAUAACACAAGAGCGGGGACAGUUUAUGAUCACCUUUCCUUUCGGAUAUCAUGCUGGUUUCAAUCAUGGUUUCAAUUGCGCUGAGUCAACCAACUUUGCUUCAGAACGAUGGAUUGACUAUGGCAAGAGGGCUAGCCAUACCUGUUGCAAUUGUCAGCGUGACUCUGUGAAAAUCAGUAUGGAUCCAUUUGUGCUGAAAUUUCAACCAGAUCGUUAUGAGCUAUGGCUGGCGGGCAAAGAUAACAUCCACAUAGAGGAGCUGGAUGGGCCACGAUCACAGGCACAGCUUCAGACCCAAGAUGGAUCUAAAAGCAAACUAACAAAAAAUAAGAAACAAUCCUCGGGUCAGAAGAGUAAAGGGAGUCGAAGGCUGCCCCUCGUUAACAAGAAAGAUUCACCUGGACCUAAAACUGCUGCAUCACCUCGUAGGGCAAAGAAAAAGAAAGACAAGAAAGUGUCUCCAGGUGACGAACAGUUUGAGGGUGGCAGAAUAGAAGAAUCGGUCAAGCCAGAGAAGAAUAUUGCUGAUUCGGAUAGUGAAAAGGUGAAAGUGAAAACAAAUAGAGGAAGGCCUAAGAAAGUGAAGGUGAAAGUUGGGGAGGGAGUGCAGGGUAUAGAAAAUGGUUCAAAAUCAAUGUCACAAACUGAGUCAAUAGGUUCUGAUAAUGGCAUCAAAUUAGAGCCUUCUGGUAGUGAAAUGAACUACAAUGUCGAUUCAAAUAUUUUAUCAACUCAAACAAAGCACUUGCGGCAGUCACCAAGCGUACAGUUAGUGGACGUUGGGGUCAGUUUACAGCAUCAUAAUGUUCAUAACCUUUCUGAAAUAAUGACAACGGUAGGUCAAACAGAAUCAGUCACAGCAGGAACUGAAGGCUCGGUCACGCCCAUGACGCAAACUGACAUUUCUACAAAUUCAGGACAUUUACCUGAUGGGCAAAACAACUUCCAAAAUUGCAUGGCAAAUAACAAUAUGGAAAUCGCAAAACCUUGCAGCACAUCGCAUAAGAAUCACUUCUCUUCACAGAAAUUAAACACAGCGAGCGUGAAGAACAAAGACGUAGCAUCAAAUUCUAGCUUAGCCCAACCGUCUGUGAGUCAGGCUGCAUGCAGCUUUUCAGGGAUACACGCUCUCGGAGAGAUUGCGCAUCAGUUGAUUACAGGUGCAUUAACCAUGCCCAAUGAAACACCAUUGCAAACAUCUGCUCUCGCACAUGUCGUUAGUAACCAGUGUCAUGCUGGUCGAGAGUCGGAUGAUAUUUUGUCAGAUUCCAUGUCAGAUAUGUCCAGUACAAGUAAGGGGGAACCUGUAGCUAAGAGGAAGCGUGAUGCAGAUGUCCACAGAGAUGAAGAGCCAUUGUUCAUGCAAGAGUGGGCUAAGUCAUUGAAUGGGCUUUGGGUGACACAGCCAUUCCACUUUGAGAUGGAACAAGCCGCAAACAACACCACUUCAGAUCUUCCUCCAGGGUGCUGUGUUUGCCAGCUGUUCUACAACGAAAGGGGCUUAGCCUUUACAUCCAACAGUUUGCUGAAUGGUCUAAACAAAAAGGACACUCCCAAGCUUCAGAAUUUGCCAAACUUUCACAAGAUAUUCCAGCUAGAGGAGAUUCAGCAGGAUAGCACUUCACACAGGCGGACCACAGUCCUGGCACCAGAGAUCUGCUUCGCAGCUAGUGCUCGCAAUCCAGAACCAACUGAUGACACCCCCUUUAUAGGUGACGAUGGUAAGAGCGCCCUCUUGCAAUGUAGUCUCUGCAAAGUGCAGGUUCACUCAAGCUGUUAUGGUGUGCCAACCCCUACGGACAACAAAACAUGGCAGUGUCAACGUUGUUCAGCAGAAUCUUGGAAUGCAGAGUGCUGCCUGUGUAACCUCCGCGGCGGUGCCCUCAAAACGACCACUAAGGAGGGAAUGUGGGCUCAUAUUGUGUGUGCAAUGGCCAUACCUGAUGUGACUUUUGUUAAUGUACAAACAAGACAACCAAUCAACGUCAAUGGUAUAUCAUCUGCAAGGUUUAAAUUGAAAUGUCACUACUGCCGUUCGUUCAUCAAAUACAGUCCGAAAUACGGGGCAUGCAUCCAGUGUUCAGUGGGCAAGUGUGUGGUGUCGUUCCAUGUAACAUGUGCUUACGCUGCAGGGGUCAUCAUGGAACCUAGUGAAUGGCCGUAUCCAGUCUAUUCAACAUGUCUUCGGCAUGUGGGUCAUAGAGACGUGGCACGACAACAGCCACUUACCCAUGUACAUGUUGGCGAGCGAGUGAUUGCCAAGUACCGCAAUGCACGUUACUAUUACGCUGAUGUUGUGGACACUAGAGAUCAAAUUUUUUACCAUGUGAACUUUGAGGAUGGCUCCUACAGUGAUAACCUGUUUCCGGAAGACAUACAGAGUCACCACUGUUUAAGAGAUGGACCCCCAGCUGAAGGUGAGCCUGUGCGCGUAUUGUGGACGGACAACCAGGUGUACAAUGGCUGCUACGUUGCAUGCAACAAGGUGCAAAUGGUGGACAUAGAGUUUGAAGAUGGUGUUGUCAUGGCGAUUAAGAGGGAAGAUGUCUAUGCGAAUGAUGAACCGCUUCCAAAGAAAGUCAAAUCCAGAUUGUCCUCGGCAUCUGAUUGUCAGUAUAAGGAUUUCUAUGGAAGCUCAACCAUAACAGGCAAGCAUCGGCAUGUCUAUAGUCGCUACGCCUCACCAGAUGAGAACUUGCAACAAAGUCCUCACACCAUGGUAGUGCCACCUGAUAUCGUGCAAUCUGUCGAAGGGCAGCACUCGGGAGUGAGUCACUUGCAAAUGUAGUCACAAAUUGAAAUUCUAUCAGAACCUCUGAUAUAUGAAAGUAGAGCGUGAGAGAACUCCCAAAAGUGACCGGGAACAGAAUAUUGGUAGCUGUGGUUCAUACCAUGUUCCAGCGCGCCUGUGAUCGUGGUGAUCAUGCCACCAUGAAUCUCGUUCCAAUGCUCAGCCAACCGGUGAUUAAUAAGUUGUAAUAUUUAAGAGUUACCUGAGAUGAUUUAGUUAAUAUCUACAUCAUAACUUAAGCAACAUGGCAGUACUUUAAAUUCAUAAACUUUGAACAAUUACAAAAUUUUACUAAUGAGUAGUACACUUCUAAAACAGUAGGUUGAGUAAAUAUUAUCAUUUUUAUAAUCCUGACUAUAUUGAGUAGGAGUGAAGUGAUUAUGUGCGUCUGAAGUUGAUUCAAAAUAGCGUACGUAGUAACAAUAUUUUCAGAUAGAUAUUUCCAUUUAUGUUGGACCACAUUUCAUAUGACUACAGUUGGUUGUGUUUACGGUUUACUGGAACACAGCAUUAUUGCACAUAUGGCUGCUCAUAUGCCAUCUUAAUUCCUCAUCAAGUGAGCUCCACUUUAAAAGAAACUUGAGAGCUGUGUUGACUGGUUGAUUGCUGGAGUCCAUUGUCAUUUUGAGAUAAAGAAAGGAAUUCUUGUAAAACUCCUUUUAUAUCAUCAUGAUAUUUAAAUAGUAUUUGCAUCUUCAGCAUGGCCCUACUGUAGAUGCUAUCACCAUCUUCAUAAACUGCCUUCUUCUAACCACAUCCACUACAGAGCGGUGGUGGCUUCGAAAACUUUCCAACAUAGGUUCCAACAAGUCAGUCAAGGUCGGCACCAGGGGGCCGAUUAUAGCCUCAAUCAGGGUCCCAGAUUAAAAUCUCUGUUAGGUUGGUUCAUAGCGAGAGAUUAUGUGGUUUACGAUUGCUUGAAAUAUUGUUUUUACAGCACAAUAUUUGGGAUUGGCAAUCACAGUGACUUUGAUUGGAUUGGCAAGAUAAACAUUUUAGUUCCAAUGACCUCGUUGUAGUGUCGGGCAAUGGGAGUUCUUGCCCUGACACCCUUCUCCGCGCUGGUGCCACCACUGCUAUGGAAACUGAUCAAAACAACUCUUAGUUAAUAAUUUUAUAACUGUUUAUUUGUUUUGUAAAUAUUAACAUGUUUAAAUUAUAAUUCACAAAAGUAAUUUUCUUUUAGUAAAGGAUCGAGUGAUGAGAGAUGGGAAUCUAUUGAUAAAGAGAGGCCUUUAUUAAUUAUUACAUGAUUCUUUUAUUGUUAUGAAGAAUACUCACUUCAAUUAUAGUUUAAAGAAUUUAAUUUAUAAAUUACCUCUUAUAUUAUAUUUUCUUGAUUUUAUUUUCUAAAUAUGUGACCAACUCUACCAAAGAAUACAACAUAAAAACAUUUUUUUUUCCCAAUGGUAUUUCACCAAUAUUGUGAACUGUAUUUUAGUUUGACAUCGAAUACGAAUAAUCCAUGUUGAAUAUUGAAGCAUUACCAGGAGAACUCCACGGAAACGGACCUUUUAUCUAAGCUCCGCCCCAUGGAUUUUGUUGCUAAGGUCCCACACAGUAAAUGUAUGUUGACAUGUGCAUUUUUAUGGAACAACAUGUGUGUUUGUUAAUGAGCAUAUUCCUUGCACUCUUCUGAUUGGUGGUUUAAGUUUGAUUGACACUCCAGAAAGGUCCAUUGGAAGAGAUUACACAUUGUGCCCAUAUUUGGGUGUAAUAUGACAUCAUCAUGCCCAUAUAUGUGCACGAUGUAAGUAUAUCCUUGGUAGAGCAGGUCACAUUUAAUAUCUUUUUUUUUUGUCUCUAAAUUUAACUGAUUUGUAAUUAUUUUAUAUUUUUAUAUUUUAUUUAAAUAGCAGAUAUUCUUGUUUUUUUUAAAUUUGCAUACCAAAUAUAAUUUGCAGAUAACCUAGUACUACUGCUAAAAUGAAUACCUGCUUAUUAGUGACACUUGUUUGAGGUUUAAAGAGUUAAACUAUUUAUUAUUGUAUAUAGAAUACAUCAACCUUUCCUUGUGGACUAUCUGUAUUUAUAUAUUGAUGAUGAGGUGUACAUUAAUUAUAAUUUUUGCUGUGAUUCUUUAAGGGUAGUUGUGAGUGAAAUAGGCCUUCAUGUUGAGAGAGACGCGAAUCGUGUUAAACUUCAGAAAACUUGUUAUCCGCUUGCAGUUAUGUAUGCAUUUUUCUUUUGUAUAAUAACAGAAUAGCCUGUUCAAAAUUGUGAAUAUUUGUAAAAUACAAUUUUGUUUUGCCUAUGUGCAUAAAAUGUAGCUGGGUGAAUUUGAAUGCAUUUAAAACAAGAGAUUACUUUUGGUAUCAGACUCAGCGAAUUGUUGAUUUUUUAUCUCAGAUUUCGCCAGAUGGAAAUUUUAUCAUAGAACUUUGAAAGACAAUCAAUUUUUAAGUACGGAUUGGUACCGUAUGUGUUUGAGGUUGAUUUCUUUCAAUAGAUAGUUUAUAUAUUCAUUUUUACUGGUAUAUUAUACAGAGAUUUUUGUGUUUCUGUGGUAGAUAAUGUUAUAAUCAACAUUUUUUAAAUAGUAUCUACAAUUCAGAUAAAAAAUCAUCUGAGUUGUUACAGUUUGUUGUUCUAUCACCUCAGUUAGCUGUUGUAUCGAUGUACUGGCACUCUUGUUAGUAAUAAUUCACUAAAAGAUUUUUGAUUAUCUCUAAAUUUAUUCAGACCCUAGUUUAGUGACAUGUAGCAUUAAGCUCUGUCCAGGCUAUCAAAUUUUCUUCGACAAAAUACUAUUUUAUAACCAUAUAUAGUCAUGAUGUGCUUAUAUAUGGUCAUAUCAUGACCAUAUAUAGGCAUGUCGCAUGUUUUUGUCAAAUAAAAUUAUAUAUGCUAGUCAGGACAGGGCUUCAUGACUAGUAACCUGGGUGUGCAGCUUCCUUAUCAGUAUUUGUAGACAGUUAAAGUUGAAUCUAUGUUCUUACAUAAUGAGAUCGCAUACAAUGAUGUACAGUAUAAAUAAAGUCUAUUUGAACUUGC